AUGUCUGAGCCGACCUUUACCAUUCAAGCUCUCCAGCUGCAAGAUGUGCCCGAGGCAGCUCAGCUCAGCAGCGAUGCCUUCCUGACGGAUCGCCAAACCCAGAUGAAAGCUCUGGGCCGAAACCCGUUCGAUAUGAAGAAAUACCACACGGAGAGCCUUCCCGAAAUGCUGAAAUCACCUCGAUGCGUGAUAUUAAAGGCCGUUGACAAGGAAACAGGGGAAUUUGCUGGCUUCUGCAACUGGGGACUCAUCGGAUUUUCACCCGAAGAGAUGCCCGUAGUGGAGGGCAGGAUCCAACCUCCCGAGAGGCCAGCCGUAGCUCCGGCGGAGCAGUCAGAAAAUGAAAACGACAAAGAAAAGGAAAAGGAUAAAUCGUCAGCGGUAGAACCAAAGCCCAGUCCCGAUGCAGACCCAGAAGAUCCCAUUGAGCGACUCCAGGCACUUACAGGCGCCGACUUGGAUGCAUGGCAGAAGGAAGUGAUGCCCAAAGGCACCAAAUGUCUCGUGGUCAUCGGGCUUUCUGUCUCACCCAAAUUCCAGCGACGAGGUAUUGGGUCAGCGCUGCUUCGCUGGGGAACCAAGAUAUGCGACGAAGCAGGCGUCUUUGCCUGGGUUCACUCGUCGGAGCCGGCGUGGAAGAUUUACGAAAAGGCAGGAUUCCAGGUGAUCCGCACGCUCGACGUGGAUCUGGACGAGUACGCUCCGUGUCCCCCUCCGGACGAGGGCCCGGAUGCCAAAUGGGGUCAUUAUGUCUUUCGAUAUAUGAAGUAUUUUGGCUCUAAGGACUGA